GCCUUCCCAUGAWAGAGGUGAAUUCCAUGACCAAAGGUGARACGUCAUGCGGUUCUUUCCAAUCGACGCUGCUGCUCUAUAAAUAUGGAAGCUGAUGGAGUGGACAUCCAAACAGUUGGAACUGUUCAUCUGAGACAUUCACCCAGUACUACACUGUGAAGGGAACACAUACGUUUCAGGAGAUGGCUGCUGCUCGUCUAUGUCUGUCUGUGUUGGUGCUGAUGCUGGCUGCCAUUACUGUGAGCGAAGGUGUGCGUGGUURCGGCCCAAAGAAGUGCUGCGUUCGUUUCAUCAAGAAACUGCCCGAGGACAAGGUGGUCGGCUACAUGAGGACUAGCCAGCGGUGCUCACAACCGGCCAUCGUGUUGAAGACAGAGGCAGGUCACCAGCUGUGUGCCAGACCUUCAGCCGCAUGGGUGAAAGAGACCAUCAAGAACCUGAACGCCAAAUCCAAGCCAGGAGAGGCGUCCAACCUGUAACCAUGGCAACUUCUCUUAUCAWAAGAGUCUUCUCUGAACAAGAUCUUAAUGUGAUUUGAUGCUACAACAAACUUUUAGAUUAAGAGUUGUUUUAUACAUAUAUAGUUUGUGGCUAUCUCCAACAAAAGUCCUGCAGGGAAACCACCAUAAGCUGAACAGCAGCUCUUUGCUACUAUAUGUCAGCAAUAUA